ACGGACCUAUCUUAAAAUAUGUGCGUACCAUUUUCAUCAUUGUAAAUGUAAAAUCCGAAAAGUUGCUUGAUAAGAUAAAAGCAAAAAAAUACAUACCUACUCCUACUCCUUUCUAAACUAAAUUAUACUUACUUAAGUAAAUAAUGGAUACCGUUGUGAAAAGCCUCCUAGAAGAAGAUGAAGAAGAAAAAAAGGGUCUGGUCAUAUUUGGUAGAGACAUAUCAAAAAUACCUUGCUUCAGAGAGAGCUUUCUUUAUGGUAUUGGUACUGGAAUUGGAUUUGGAUUAGCCGCAUUUGUGAAAACAUCGAAGCCAAUGCUAGCACAACACAUAGGUGUUGGCACCUUCUCCCUGUCAACACUCUUAUACUGGUCCUACUGCAGAUACAGGUGGUCACAACAAAGGUUUGACGCACAGUUGUUACAAGAUGCCUUAAAAGAUAAAAUUUUGUAUGAAGGCACUGCAGUAGAAAAGGAAAUGGAGAAAAAAGGUGUCUUAAAGACUGUAUAGUUGAUAAUAAGCAGACAUUUGUAUUAAAUGUGAAUAUUUUUUGUAUUAAGUUAUUGAAAAUCAAGUAUUUAGCUUUGAAGGACUUUAUAAAAUGAAGGCUUUUAAAUGAAUAAAACUGCCAUAUAUUUCUUCAUAGGUAAAUGUAGAUAAAAAGUAGAUAUAAAUAAAUAAAGUAUUGAGGUUUUAAAAUCUAGUUUAUGAUUGUUAUGAUGUCCACCUUUCCUAUGAGGGCUUGUGAGUGCAAAAUAAUGUUUGUGGUGUUGUUGGAG